AUGGCUGAACCUGUGGAAAGUAUCCCACCGCUUGGUUUCAUUGCCAUAGACGUGGACAUUCACCGACCACCAGGUGACCCCUACAAUGAGCGGACCUGGCCAUUCCCUCUCAUCCGUGAAAUGGCCGAAGGGUCAAAAGUUUCGCAAGUCGUAACUUCGUCUACCUACGACUCUGCGUUCAUAGGCCGUUUCGUGGAUGCCGGUCUCCGUCUAGCAGCCAGGGGCUGCGUAGGCAUCAUCACCAGCUGUGGUUUUCUGGCACUGGCCCAGGCGGAACUCACCGCAAAGCUGCCUAUUCCAAUCGCGACAUCAUCACUAGCUCAGUUACCCUCCAUCCUACCUCUACUUCCGCCGGGCAAGAGUGUUGGGGUCCUCACGUACGACGAAUCAAAGCUGGGCUCACAGCAUCUCGCAAGCUUUGUGCCAGAGCAGUCGCUUUCCAAGAUAGUCAUCGGGGGCGUACCUGCUGAGGGUCACUUGAGAGGGACGAUUGGAAAGGGCGCCCCAUACGUUUAUGCAGAUAUUGAGGCAGAACUCAUCGCGGUCGCAAGAGACUUGGUGGCGAGUCGGCCUGAUAUCAGAAUCCUGGUGCUUGAGUGCACUAACAUGCCUCCAUUUUCAGAGGCAAUCUUCAAAGCACUAGGUGGGAAGAUUCCUAUCUACGAUGUGUACACCAUGGGUCAAUGGUUUUACUCUGGGUUGACGAGACGAACACCCGUUUAUUGGCAUGGGUCACAGUAA